CGAGGUGGAACCAAAGUGUUGUGGAAGGUGUUCAGCGGACACUGAUCGAGGUAACGCUCAUUACGACCACUGUGUGUUUUCAACAUGGAGAUGCCCGUAAGCCGGGUUGCUCUGAAGGAGACUACUUGAAACAUAUUUUCUCGACAACUGUCAUGUUCUAAUGGGUCUACCAUGAAGUGCGCCCGCUGCCUUCUGAGGCUCCAGGGUCUGGGGUCAGUGGUACCCUCAGCAAGGCCGGCCAACCGGUAUGCUUACCUUCUUCAGUCGACCACAGCCCCAGUGUUGACCAAGCCCCUCGUCGCUUUCAACUCUCAUGGCGAGGCUUCGAGGCAUUUCCAUGGCAGCUCUGCGUGGGCAAAGAGCCCCCCCCCGUCUUCUGACCUGAAGGAGAAAGAAAAAGAGAUCGACAAGUCGUUGCUGUCUCGAGACGAGCUGUUCGAGAGCGUCGCUCGCAAUGCCAAAACCAAGGCCGCCUUCGACAAGGCCAUCGAGGCGUUCACCAAGAGGGACCGGCGGCGGCGCGGCCACGUGGAGUUCAUCUACGCCGCCCUGCAGAAGAUGGUGGAGUUCGGCGUGGAGCGGGACCUGGCGGUCUACAACCGGCUCCUGGACGUCUUCCCCAAGGAGGUGUUCGUCCCCAGGAACUUCAUCCAGCGCAUGUUCAACCACUACCCGCGGCAGCAGGAGUGCGCUGUGCAGCUGCUGGAGCAGAUGGAGAACCACGGUAUCAUGCCCAACGUGGACACCAAGGUGCUGCUGGUGCAGAUCUUCGGGGAGAAGAGCCACCCCAUGAGGAAGUACCAGCGGCUGAUGUACUGGUUCCCCCGGUUCAAGCACGUCAACCCCUUCCCGGUGCCCCGCCUGCUGCCCAGCGACCCCGUGGACCUGGCCCGCCUGGGGCUGACGCGUAUCGCCAACGACCUGGACGCCAAGGUCACCGUGUACCAGAUGCCCUACACAGAUAUCACAGAGACCGGAGAAGAGAUCACAUUGCCGCAUAUAGUGGGUACCCAGAGCCCGGACCAGGUGGAGCUGCUGGCCAAGCACGACCCCAGCCGGCCGGUGUUUGUGGAGGGGCCCUUCCCGCUGUGGCUCAGGAACGUCUGCGUGCACUACUACGUCCUCAGGGCCGACCCGCUGCCCCCCGGGGAGAAGGUGGAGGAGCCCUACGACCCAGAGCGGUCUCUCUACUACCCUCUACAGCUCAGCCUGGAGCUGGAGCGGGACAUGGGCGACCUGGGAGACGAUUUUGACGUGGAGGACUUGGACGAGGGCCCGGUGUUCGCCAUGUGCAUGACGGGCCAGGGGGACCAGGCCACCCUCAACCAGUGGGUCUCAGGCCUCCAGGAGGCCAACGCCGUGCUGGGCCGGGUCCCCACGCUGUUCCGCCUGGACGCAGGCCCCCGCGAGCUCCAGAGCCCGGCGGGCGAGAGCCACCGGCCACACCCCCCCCCGGAGACCGACCCCUGGGUCCCCGGGGACGAGGGGGGAGCCGGGCCGGCCCGACAGGAAGUGGACGUUACGCUUGAGGAGGAGCCCCAGCACAGCCGGGGAGUGAAGCAGUGAACAGCGCCUUCAUCGUGUGUGUGUCUGUCUCUCUCUGUGUGUGUCUGUCUCUCUCUGUGUGUGUCUGUCUCUCUCUGUGUGUGUCUGUCUCUCUCUGUGUGUGUGUGUCUCUGUCUGUCUGUCUGUCUGUGUGUGUGUGUGUGUGUGAGAAAGAUGUGUGGCUGCGUUUGUGUUGGAAAUGUCGCUAAAGAGCAACGGUUAGCGUGGAUUAGAGAGAGUACAGAGAAGGUCCAUUUGUAGCCACUUAUCUCAAGCAAUGAAUGGCGUUCAAGCAAUGAAUAGUGAAAUAAAGAAUUUCCCACAUGA